GCACACUCUCAACUGAUCCCGUCGGAAGGAGCCCCAUCGGCAACUCACGCAGCCGCUACUGAGCCACUUCAUUCUAUGCAUAACUAACGCCCUCGAUAUGCGGCAGCGCAGCAUGAUGGCAGCUCCACUCAUCAUCGGGGCCCUUCUCCUCUCCCUUUGCCGCCCUGCUUCAUCCGUCGUCACGUCAGUUAAUGUGGCUCCUGACGUGGCCGUGCUUCAUCCUCUACGUCCAUCCGUCCAUCCAGUGAGUCUCACAUUCACCGUGACGGACCCCCCAGCGCCUCCCCCGGGACCCCCCCCGGCGCCUCCAUACACUGGGAUCGUCUCAUUUGUUGCAGGAGGUGAGUGAGACGGAUGGGGGACACAAUCAAUCGCCACGCACAACUCACCCUCAUCCGUGUGUUGAAUUCAUUCGUCUCAUGCAGGCACCGUUGGCUCGCCGGCUGAGUGCGAGUCUGGGCUUCGGGCUGCGCUGGAUGAUACUUUGACGGCUUCAUUUCAUUUCUCGGAGGUAGGAAUGUAUGGCCUUUGUUAUCGCACGAAUGCAUCGGAGCCCUUGACGUGGUUCACCGAGAACAACAAAUUCCGAGUGGUCAACGCCCCCUCGGCCAUGGAUAUUGACUGGAUUCUCGGUGGGGAAACAACUACCAUCCAAUUCACCAUCCCGAGUACGUGAGUCAACAGAAGACAGGAGGAGGCCAAUGGUGACAUACCACUCUUGCGCUUGCUCGGUGUCUCUCGUUUGUGUGUGCAUGCAGACUAUGAAGCUCCGCAACCAGGAGGAGUUGACCAAGUCAGCUUUAGCCAGAUUGGCGAAGACUGCAACGCGCAUCUAGGCCGAGACGACCUGACGGGGGCCGGUGACAAUUUCAAUGUGCCCGUCGGUGCAACCGACCGAGCUGACCAUCCGGGCCGGUACUAUGCUUGCUUCCACGCUGAGGAAACAACGGCAGGAGCUGGAGUUGUCACAGUCCCGCUUGACUAUCUCGGUCUGACAGUUGCUGGCGUGACUGCCGUGAGGCCGGCAGUGGUCAUGGAUGGGGUGCCAACCAGAAUCACUCUCGAGGGGGUGGGGCUAGAUGAGAACACGGAGAUCUCUAUCGAGGAUGAUGGGGCAUGUCCUGCAUCGGGGGCGGGAGCAAACACAACUCCUCUCAAGCGAGAGGAUGUAAGGGCGGUAUAUAGUGCGACGCUCACGCGAGGGACGAACGCGGAAAAAAAUGUCUGCAUCAAGGUAAGGCGCAUCCAAUCAGCCCUCGGCACGCAGGAAGAUCCACAUUCACUGCAGGCCCUCUCCACCGUCUUUCUGUGUCUCCGUCUGUGUGCAGUCGCCGAGCUCUGGCGACUACUUUCGCGUCCCUCCCGCUGGCCCGCCACACAUCACUGUCCGCAGCCUUGUCGACAUUGGCCCUAAGGAGGUGCUCGACGGCCAAACGCAGAUAUUUGAAGUAUUGACUCCUGACGUCACCACCCUUCAACCAGGCGACGCAGUAGCUUUCGUCAAGGACUACAGUGUCGUCGGCGACUGCUCGGAGCCCUGGGUCAAGUACUAUCGCCUGGAUACAAGCCUGCAGACGGGAGCCAUCGAUCUGUCGGCCAUGAACGGCACUGGGACGUAUGGAGUGUGCUACAGGACGCAGGUGGGGGGAUCGGCUGUGGGUUACAGCGGCAGCGUAAACGAUGUGACGGUCACAGAGACGACAGUGCCGCCCUCCAUAGUUGGGACAGCCGAGCAAGGCAAUGCGGCCACAGUCGAGUUCCCAGACCUCUCACUGGUUGAGACAUGCACGAACACGGCGAGGCACAUACAUGUCAUUUAUCACACUUCCCUCUUUUUCAGUAUACUCGCGUUGGGAUCGUGCCCCCGGCGACUACCUCCUUCGCCGACCCGUGCCCGACCAUCACGACAUACGUCAAUCUGGACAACUUACUUGGGACGCUGGGCACCCCGUGCGCCCCCAACUGCCGGGAGAGAUUCACAAUGCGGUGGGCUGGCGAGGGGUUCCGGUUCUGCGCGUUCACCGAUCCCGGCACCGCCCCUGCCCCUGCCGCCCCUGAUGCAUCAAAGGCGUCUCUUCUUUUCGGCAACAUCACUGUGGAUGGACUCGAAAGCAUCAGCCCCACGCUCAUUGAUCCAGGGACUGACACUCUCAGUGUCACCGCUACUGGGUCGACCCAAAUCCGAAUCACCAACCAUACGGACUGUACCGACGGUCCACCGCCACCCGCAGAUACACCUGUCGACGAUGAGACAGCCUUUCCAAUAUCGACGACUUCACUUGUCGAUUCGUUUUAUCGCGUGUGUGCACGCAUCACAGGGGGCACUUAUCAAGAUACUGGCAUAAGAAUACUGACCUACGCAGCGCUGCCGACUGGCCUCACCUCCAUCCCCACCAACUACAUGAUGGGAGUGGCGAGUGAUCCAAGCGAUCCUCCCCCUUCCCCUUCCCCUGCCCCUGCCCCUGUGACUCUCGGCAGCGUCUACAGACAACAGAUGGACGGUGCCAAUUAUUACGUGAUUGCUCCAUCUCACCUGGUUCGUUGGUCACGAGAAUUUUCUUUUGUCUCUCCCUGGUAUCGUCAUGGCUGCCUAUUUAUCGCAUGCAGAAGGAGCGGUUUAUUGCUGUCCGGAGAAAUGGCGGUAACAGCGAUUGGUGGGAGCUCUCAAUCUUGAAGCCUCAGUCGUGGCCAGUGUACGUUGGCGGCACUGCUGUGACGAAUCCCAGCCAGGUUGGAGACGGAGCAGGUUUCGGCAGGACCCAUACUUCUGUCGCGGUUGGUCAUUCGUUGGUCUACUCAUUUGUCAAUGCAGGAGGGGCUGGUCAAAGACCAACUUGCGGAGCCUCGUUUUCGUGGUGGGUCCUUCCCAGCGGUCCUCGACGACUCAUACUAUCGCGGCCCAACGAGCGGCUGUGGCGGCCUCGCUACGAUGUGAGACAGAACAAAGGAAUGCUGCACGUGCACCGUCUCUCUGUCUCUCGCUUUGCAGGAUAUGUAAAAUCCGUCAUCUUCACAUGUCGGUCGACGGCAUUUUGUAUGCACUCGACGAGCAUCGCGCGCUGCGAUUUGCAGACCACCCCGUCACGUGAGCGAGAACGACACAAGGCGACUGCUAGCCAACCGGCGAGAUCACCCCUCUUGUGUCGAUGCCUGUGUGUGCAGUGAGCAUGGAAGUCGCGGUUUUGAGUACGGGAACGCCACACAGACAUUCGGCGACAUAGAUGCAGCGGGAUCGACUAAAGCAACGCUCAACGCUCCCAGGUGAGACACGGAAGAAGGGAGGGGUGAACACAAAAAUCAAUCCUCCCUCUCCCUCUCUCUGUCUCUGUGUGUGUCUCUGUGUGCGCGUGUGUGUGUACGUGUGUGGCUUCCCUUUCUUCCACUAGGGGCAUGUCCGCCUCCUCCACCCAUGUAUUUGUCGCCGACACCAACAAUCACCGUGUUGUGGUCAGCCAACCGACGUGCACACAGCAUGUGAAAUGAAUGUACCCAUGGACGCUUGCACAAAUGCAGGUUUUGCGGGCGAGCAAUCUGACUUAUGUCACCCAAUAUGGCUCCACGGGCCGCGCGCUCGCGACGGAUUAUGGCUUUGAGGAGCCCUGGGACACUCAAUACAUAAAUGCACCGGAGCCCUGCCUCUACGUCACCGACAGGGAAAACGCACGCAUUAUGGAGUUCAAAGUCAAGAACCUGUCUCCCGACGGCCGCGGGGAGAUCAUCACAUGGCGACACAUGACUGACACGGACUGCCCCGACGCCCUAGGGGGACCAGCCAACAGCAGGACGACAGACAUCUAUGAACUGCCAGUGUCACCACCACCAGGCGGUGUGGACUCGUACGUGACGGUGGACCAGUGCAAGAGCGCCUGCCACCACAACCCUCUGUGCGACUGCUUUUCGUACACCAAAACCGUCACGUGCCCCGGCGGGACGCCAUGCGCCGACUAUUACAAGGGCACUUGCAUGCUCAAACAGGGAUGCUGGUAUGUGUGAGGGCAGAGACAGUCAAACGCAUGAUAUGUGUUUUGCUGGCUCUGUGUGUGUGCGUGUGUGUAGGGACACCGACAACGACUGUCCGAACCAAGGCACAGUCACCGGUAUCGACAUGUAUUUUAUUGAGCGGCCGGGCUCCCUGGCUUAUGAGGGCCAAAAAAACGUCGGGAAUCGUCCCCUGCAGUUGGCCUGGUCCUACCCUUACCUGUUCGUCCUGAAAAACAACCGGGAAAUCCGUGUGAUGGAUGUGAGCAAUGGGCUUGGGCCUUCGACUGUCAGCGUUUUAGUCACAGUCCCUGGCGGUGGUAUGCAAAGCACUUACCCACUUCGUCUGUCAUUGCAUUGUAUGCGUGUUUUUGCCUGUCACACAACUCCGUCAUUUGUAGGGUUCGGCACCAACCUCUACGGCUUUUUCGUCCACGGGCCCUAUCUCGUCCUUUCCUGUACCCAGGGUGGCAACGAGUACAUCAUGACCAUCCCCUUCACACACACCAUCACACCGGAUACUGUGUCUUUCGCUUUCGGCGGCAACCUGGAUUCCGACAAGGAUGUUGCUGGCGUGGUGAGAGUCGUCGAGGGCAGAGACGCCACGCUCACCCUGUCCAGUGUAGAGGGCCUCGAGGUCUUCCCCAGGAGCGGCCAAAAUAUGAACUAUGUGACGCUGAGGGGCAAGCUCAACUUCGUCAACGCUGCACUUGACUCGGUAAGCGAGACGGCACAUCACACAUAUCUGAAUGUGUCUCUCAUCAUGUGUGGUCUGGCGGGAAUGCAGGUGAGGGUCGAAAAUUUCAAGGAGGACCGAUAUGUCAUCGAGGCGUCCAUCACAUCCGACGACGGCGUGCUGCCGGGGGCAUAUGCAUCCGCGCGAACAACUAUCGCCGUCGGCACGAAACGGCUCCUCGGGACGGCUGACUGCCCCAUCCACGACAGCCUCGUCUGUGGCGGCCGCGGCGAGUGCCAUCCCGUGACACAAACGUGCGUGUGCGCCCACCCCUACACGGGCGGCAACUGCAGCGAGACACAAUGCGUGCCGACAUGCCAGAACGGCGGCAUAUGCGACCUGAACACGGGCACAUGUACCUGCACUGGGAGCUUCAGCGGCGCUGCUUGCGAGGAGCUGGCCUGCCCCGUCGCCCCCGUCUCCGGCCUCGUUUGCAAUGGCGCCGGCACGUGCAACACGACCACCGGCGUGUGCAUGUGCGAGUACCCCCACUUCGGCGAGAUGUGUCAGUACACGUCCUGCCCCACGGCUGAAGUGAUGGCAUACGGCAUCGCAGCGACCGAGUGCGCCCUCCACGGCCGCUGCGACAUCAGAAACGACACGAUUGCCGAGUGUGUGUGCGACGUCGGCUGGUACGGCAGCGGCUGCAACCACGCCAUGUGCGUACACGGCAGGAGACAACAGUUCCAGAUGGAAACUGGGGUGAUCCCGGUACGAGGGGGUAGCAUCGAGGCGGGGACGGUCGAUGCCUUCGAGUGUGGCUUGGCCCGGGCUUCACGAUGCGACCCCCUGACGGGCGAGUGCUUGUGCUCUGACCUACCACCGGGUGGCAGCGGCAGCCGUGCUUGCACAUAUCACGAGUGCACUAGUGUGGGGGCUGACUUUGCGGGUCAGGAAACUGGGACGGAUUGCGGGUGGAGCAACACGGAUGGCGGGAGCUACUGCGACUUCACCAGUGGGCGGUGUAUGUGCCAGCCGGAGGUGUCCAUCAAUGGCGGGGGCUUUGGGUGGAACUGCUCACAGACGUAGUUGACUUUGGUGUUAGCUAGUCCUUUUCAUGUGUGCCGUGUGACGGUGUCUCUCGGUGUCGUGUUGUGUGUCUUCUGCGACUUGUGCGGUAGUACUGGGGCUUUAUUAGGUAGGUCUUUUGUGGGUGUGG